UCGAAAGGCAUCCGCACUCCUGCUACUGUCAGCAAAGCUGAAGUGUUAAUAAAUUAUAUUAGAUAGUUACCGUGUAACAAGGAGUUCUUGUACUUUGACAGCAGUUAUCAACAGUGAAGUGGGGAUCGAAUCAAUCGCCUAAAUGACUGGUGUCACCAAUGAUGGGAACAAACAGCCAGAGCACCACCACUGAAACUGAGGGUGAUGUCCACGCUCCUGUCCAGUGUAGCAAUGACACUGCAGUGUGCAUUGCUUCUGUGAAAGGCCUGAAAGAGAACUGGCAGAAGUGGUCUAGUGAGCACCAGCAGUACCAGAAGCAUAACCCCUUCAGCCAUGACGCCAGGCCAAGUGUAGUGGCCCCUCAGACGAGACAGGAUGAUUAUGGAAGACCUCUGCAAGGGUCCCUGACAGAGCAACGGGGGAAGGAUGCACACACACACAUCAGCAGAGAGGUUCAGGAGCUGUGCAAGGUGAUAAGGAACAUUGGAGAGCUGAAAGAUAAAGAUGGGGAUGGAAGUGGCAGCAGUGGAAAAGUGAUCACUGUUGAGUUUGGGAAGCUGUUUGAGCAUUAUGUCACCAUCUCUAAUAAACUGGUGGGAAUCCUUAUACGGGCCAGAAAACAGAGGCUGGUUGACUUUGAGGGGGAGAUGCUGUGGCAGGGAAAAGAUGAUCAUGUAGUUAUCACUCUGGUGAACAGAAACUUGGAUUAGGAUUGAUGCCUUCAUUCAUGUUGCACGCCACAGGCACUACCUCACAGCAGCCCUCACUGUAGUAGAAAAAUAGCAUGAGGAUUGCACUAAAUGUUACAUUAAGUUUGUUUUUAUGACAAUAAUUGUUUGUUUUUGCUCCCAGGUAAUGUCAGAAGUGCUCCUACAGAUUUGAUCAAAAGACGAAAACAAAUUGCACCAAGAGGUCAACAGCAUGCUGAUAUGGUAAUUUUUACAGUAAGAGGGCUUGAACACGUCAAAGUCAUCUGUAACUAAACCAUAAGCAGAAGCUGAGAAUACAACAGAUGUGUUGUUUUGUAGUUCACCAUUUUACCCAUCUUUGCUCCAAAACAGUCAUGUAUAAAUGAUUCAGUUGAUUGGAUGUCACUGGCAUUCAUUCUGCUAAGACAAAUCUAAUUAACAAAGGGAAAACUACACCUUGACCGUAGUCCUUCCCACAUUUUAAUGUGGUGAAAGUUGAGGAGUGAGUAGCUGGGAAAAAGCCUGAGUGGUUGACGGGACUGAACCAAUGACAAAGGUAACAUGAAACUACCUGGGACAGACAAUACAGUGCUAUAGGAUGAACAUGAUCCCACGUCUUUGCUUAGUGCUUCAGAGGAUGUAUUUAUUACAAGCAAGCUUUGUAAUUAGCCACUCGUGACAGGCUGACUUCUCCAUCCAUCCAUUUUCUGCCGCUUAUCCGGAGUCGGGUCGCGAGGGCAGCUGCCUAAGCAGGGAAACCCAGACUUCCCUCUCCCCGGCCACAUUCACCAGCUCAUCCGGAGGGAUCCCAAGGCGUUCCUAGGCCAGCCGAGAGAUGUAGUCCACACAGGCUGACUUCUGUGUGACUGAACCCCACUGAGACAGAUUCAUAUUAAACUAAAAAAAAAAACACUAUAACAGAGUGCAGUGAAUAAUUAUGAGAUUAUACAUGCUAUCUUUUUAAGUAUAUAGGCAAUCUAUGUCAGUUUUUUUUCUAUUUAUUUAAAUGUGAACAGCAAUAUGUGCAUUUCUAGAGAAAGCGUGUUUCCACUAAGGCCUACAGCAGAUAUAAUAAAGACACUGAAAAGCAAUUAUAUACUGUAUUAUUUAUUUUAAAUUAGAGUAAUGCUUAAAGUGCAAAGCUUUAAUACAUAGUGUUUAUUUUUACAGUCAGUUCAUUCACAGUGGUAAAGUAUGACACUGCCAUAAAUUGUAUAUAAAAGAUGGACACAGCAUUCAGAUUCCAAACUAGUCUUAAUCCUCCAACAGGAAACCUAAUGUUCAGCGACUCUUAGUUGCAAAAGAAAGUCCAAAAGUGUAGAAAUCUUUGGGGUACAGCUGAAUUGAAAGGAAAAAAAACUCCUAAUUUUACCUACCAAAAAAUAUGUCAAGAGAAUUUUUUAAGAAUGUGGAAUAGAAAAAUGAGCGCUCAACAACAACCCGAACACAUUUAAACAGGAAUGUGAGUCUCAUUAUAGCUUUCUACAGAAUUUAGAAUAAAAAUAUUCCACAGGAAGCCAUCAAGUCCUUUCUUUAUAUGUUCUAGUAUUACAAGAUGAACUAUAAAAUUUUACUUCAGUAUUAUCAUUAUUACUGUUGGUAACUCUAAAGAGGGAAGAAAAAGCUACAAAAGUGAGUCAGCAAGUGUUCAUACUCCCUGGCCUUGCCUGUCAUCAUAUUAAUUUACAGGAAUCCCAGUUUGUACAAGUUAGUCCAUGAAAAUCCCUGAAUGCAAUUUGUAAUGUUGCAGCAGCAAGAAAUGGUGGGACAGAAUUUUCUCCUUUGCUUUUAUCUUUUACAAGAUAAUGCCAAGGGAGAUAAUUUUAAAAAAUCUAGGCUCCUUUCCUUAUAAUUUAGAAAACAAACAAGCUUUUAUUAAGGCUGUAAUUCAUAAACUUUUGGGUUAUUUCAAUUUGUUAGGAGUCAAAGCUCAGGUGGGUGACACUACAAUGUCUACGCCCAUCUUUUAUAUACAGUCUGUUAGCAAUAUUAAAAAAUAAAUAAAAAAAAUAAAAGCCAGCUUACAUUUACACAUGGCAUUACAUCAAAUAUCAGAUGCACAGUAAUGAAAAAUGCUAACUUGUACUUCAGUGCUUGUUGACUUCAGUGUGUACUGUACCUUUAGUGUCAAAGGAUUAACCUGAGGAUUCAACUUUAAAGGAAUAUUGUAAAGCGCAUAUGUAGAUAUUACUUCAUGCUUUGAGCCGUAACAGUUAAGCUUUAAAAAUGAGCACGGUUGAGAUAUUCACUGUAUACACUGAAAAUGUAUCUGGUUAAAUACGAAUCAUACAAGAAUUUUACUUGCAAUUCUAGAUUUUGUUAUAACAUGCAUACAGUCAGGAAAUCAAAUGACGUGUGCAGUACAUCUGUAUUUCUGGAUUUGAAAAGAUGUAAAUAAACAUGCCAAACAUAUCAGGAAUGCAACUGUAUCAAUGGAUCAGCCUUAUUAGAUUAGUAGAAAUUAGAGAAUUGUCUGAAUCACUUUGCCUGUGUCCUUCUUGGUCCAUCCAGUUGUUUUUGGUUUGUUUUGUCCC